UUCCUCUAAUCCUAUUAGGCCUUUACCCUCUCUCUCUCUCUCCUCUCUUUCUCUCUCUUCGCUCACUUCACUUCAUCUUCCGACCAAGAAGCCUUGUCCCUCUCUGUCUCUCUUCGAUCAAAUCCGAAACCUAAAAUCCAAAUUUGGAAAAAAAUCCCUUCCCAAACCCUAAUAUUGCCUCAAUAUCGAUCUAUUUCUCACAUUUCCCCGCCUUCACAGAGCGGUUUCCGAUCCAAUUUUACUCCCAUGGCGUUCGUCUGAUUUAUCCGUUGCGGAUUUUGUGUUUCUGGGGGGUUUUGAUUGAUCAGGCAUGAAGCGAGAAUUGGCUCAUAUAUGGGAGGCCAAGGCUCAGCUCGUCGGCGAAUCGCUCGGCCGGACUCGUUCCUCCGCGGCGACGAGUUCGGAGAAUUCUUCGAGCUCCAAGAGAUUCAAAGGCUGCGUUGUGAACGGCGUGAUUGUGUACACUCGAGGAAGGAAGCUCGGGAGCAAUGCGCUUGAGGAUGAGAAAGUGGAGAGGCGCAAGAGCUCGGAGAAGUCCGAGACUCGUUCGGCCGAGCCUCGUCCCGAGGAGGUUCUCGGACGGGGUGAAGAAUUGGUCGAAGUCGUAGUGGAAGAGGAAUCGAAUUACAGUUUGGAGAUUCCUAGGGUUAAAGUGGAACCAGUUAGUGAGCUUCUUCAGCCUUCUUUGGCCUUGGAGAAUGGUGCUGUUGAAGUUCCAGUUCUAAUAGCUAAGGACAUUCAUGGAGAUAAGAAUUCGCUUCAAGUGGCUUCACGGCGGUUCACUCGCUCAGCCUUGAAACCGAAAGCCGAGCCACCGGAACCCGAGACUGCCGCAAAUGCAGCACCACCGGAGGCUGCCGGAAACGAACCGGUAUUGAAUUUGGACGGAGAGUCUAAUGUUGCAGUCAAUUCAUCGUCAACUCCGAAGAAUAAGUUGGAGUUGAAGAUGUCAAAGAAGAUUGCGCUCGACAAGAAGCCGACGACCGUCAAGGAGCUUUUCGAUACCGGUUUGGUUGAUGGAGUCCCUGUGGUUUACAUGGGUGGAAAGAAGGCAUUUGGUCUGCGGGGCACGAUUAGAGACGGAGGAAUUUUGUGUUCGUGUGCUUUGUGCAAAGGCUGCAGAGUUAUUCCGCCAUCCCAGUUUGAGAUUCACGCUUGUAAACAAUACAGACGAGCGGCACAAUACAUCUGCCUGGAGAAUGGAAGGAGCCUGCUUGAUCUAUUGAAAACAUGUAGGGGUGUUCCUCUGCAUACGUUGGAGGCAACCGUUCAGAGUUUCAUAAGUUCUUCACCAGAAGAGAAAUAUAUCACUUGUAAAAAAUGCAAAGUUUCCGUUCCUCCAUUGUGUGCCGCAAAGGAUGGAUCUCUCUGCAAUUCGUGCAUCGAGGAAAAGCAGCCAGACUGCAGCCCAACUGAUGUUGCACUCAGAUCCCCUGCUUCAGUUUCAUUAUCCCAGUCACCAAAAUCUGCUCCAGCAUUCCUCUCUUCACAAAAUAGAAGAGACUGGAAGCUAGCAAGAAAGUCAUCAGCACCACUGCCAAAGGAAAAUGUUGCCAAAAGUGCUUCUCCAACGUGCACAUCUUCACCGUAUAAGAGACCAUGGAAGACGACAUCAAAGAAGCCAAAAAAAUCCAUUUUGAUCAAAAAGUCUCCAAAGCCUCCAAAAAGUGCUUUAAUGAAUAUUUCUCCUCAAAAGAGAAGUCAGUGGAAGAUCACAACGAAAGAUAUAAGGCUGCAUAAGUUGGUUUUUGAGGAUGGUGUAUUGCCUGAUGGAAGUGAAGUAGCGUACUAUGCACGUGGACAGAAACUACUUGUAGGUUAUAAGAAGGGCUCUGGAAUUUUUUGUAGAUGCUGCAACUGUGAGGUCAGUCCUUCACAGUUUGAAGCACAUGCAGGUUGGGCUUCAAGAAGAAAACCCUACGCGUAUAUAUAUACGUCUAAUGGUGUGUCACUCCACGAAUUGGCGAUAUCUUUGUCCAGAGGCCGCAAAUAUUCAGCUAAAGAUAAUGAUGACUUGUGCAUCAUUUGUGCAGAUGGAGGGAAUCUUAUACUUUGUGAUGGAUGCCCAAGGGCCUUCCACAAAGAAUGUGCAUCUUUGUCGGCCAUCCCUAGAGGUGAUUGGUAUUGUCAAUAUUGUCAAAACUUGUUUGAAAGAGAGAAAUUUGUAGCGAACAAUGCAAAUGCUCUUGCGGCUGGGAGGAUUUCUGGAGUUGAUCCUAUAGAAGAGAUAACCCAAAGAUGUAUUCGUAUAGUGAAAAACAUUGAAGCUGAACUUAGUGGAUGCGUGUUAUGUAGAGGUUAUGAUUUUAGCAAAUCAGGAUUCGGUCCUCGUACUAUUAUACUUUGUGAUCAGUGCGAGAAGGAAUAUCAUGUUGGCUGUUUGAAGAAGCAUAAAAUGGCAAAUCUAAAGGAAUUGCCAAGGGGGAAAUGGUUUUGUUGCAUGGACUGCAGCAGGAUUCAUUCUACUCUGCAGAAGCUACUAGUUUCUGAAGCUGAGAAGCUUCCAGACUCUCUCUUGGAUGCUAUGAAGAAGAAGCAUGAGGAGAAAGGUUUGGACAUUGCCAACGGAUUUGAUGUGAGAUGGCGACUAAUUAGUGGCAAAAUUGCUUCUCCCGACUCUAGAGUAUUGCUUUCAAAGGCCGUUUCUAUAUUCCAUGAAUGCUUUGAUCCUAUAAUUGAUUCACAAUCUGGACGUGACCUUAUUCCAGCCAUGGUUUAUGGGAGGAAUGUUAGAGGCCAAGAAUUUGGAGGGAUGUACUGUGCAAUACUAAUGGUCAACUCAACUGUUGUAUCAGCUGGAAUUCUUAGAGUUUUUGGACGAGAAAUUGCUGAGCUCCCAUUGGUUGCUACUAGUAAAAGUAACCAUGGCAAGGGCUACUUCCAAUUAUUGUUCUCUUGUAUCGAGAAGCUGCUAGCAUUCUUGAAUGUGCAGAGCCUUGUGCUCCCAGCAGCUGAAGAAGCAGAAUCCAUAUGGACGGAAAAAUUUGGAUUUACGAAGAUUAGACCGGAUCAGCUUAUUAACUACAGAAAGAUUUGCUACCAAAUGGUGACCUUCAAAGGGACAUCUAUGCUACAGAAGAAAGUACCGGAGUGUCGGGUUGUCCCGAGCUCGUCAUAACAGAGGGAAAGCAGAAGAGUUCUUUGGCAAGCUUAUUAAUUUUGAAGUUCGCGUCUGGAAUUUUUAAUGAAAUGGGAUGUCAAGCCUCUUCGUGCAUAUCUCCCAAUAUUCAUCGGAAGUUUGGUGUUUUUAUUUAUUUGGCUUAGCUCUGUUUUAUGAAUCGUUUUUGAAAGAGACCUAAUUCCACCUUCAUGCAAAGCCUCUCCAGCAAAGAUGAGACUCUCUGGUUCAAUAGAUCAUUUUAAGCUUAUCAAUGUAGACCGAAACUAAAAAGCAGCCAAUUUAUGUACAAUGUUUAGGACAUGUAGGAGCUGGGUUGUUAUUCCUUUAUUUUCACCGUCGCUAAAUUUAAGGAGUUUGUGAAAUAAAAUAUCAAGGCAUUUGUGAUGAUAAA